AUGCGUACUCGCUCGCAGAUGAUGUCGCCUGGUGGCUUCGUCUCCCUAGAUGACCACAAUGUUGCUCGCCCCACUAGGUCAACCAGGAGCAACUCGCAGCAGUCCGCCGCCGCUGAAGAACAGCCCGCCCCUCGCCCGAAGGCCACGCGCGCCAAGAAAGCGUCUUCCACAACCACAAAAAAGGCUCGCAAGAAGAAGGCCUCUACAAAGAAGCGCACAACGCGCCAAACUACUCUCAAAAGUGGUCGAUCCGAUUCCGAGGAGACCGAACAGCACCAGACCGAAGAGAACGAGAACGCUGAACCCACCGCAUCACAAGCGGAACCAUCUCCACCGAAGAACGGUAGCACCGAAGUGGGCCAGAACUCUAACCCUGCAGAUAGUGAGUCCCUUCCCAACAACACACAAAGCCCCCCGGCAAGAGAAUUACCACAGACCUCCCGGGGACCAAGUGCUGCCUCGGAGGCCUCAACUAGCCCGGACCCGCAUCUCUUUGAGAGGUCGCGGACCAUGUCCGCCGGCUUCGGGUCUUCUGAGGCAGUCACGGUCCCUGGUGACCUGCCGGAGGAACCAGCUGCGAUGGUGCCAAUGGACCUCCAAUCAGACGAGGUACCAUCGGUGCCGUUUGUGGGCUCCCUGGGGGGAGCGGAGGGAGAGAUCGAGAUGCGUGGUACAGGUUCUGUAUCAUUCGCAAAACUCGAACUCGAACCUCUUCCUCCCGCAGGUAGUACCUUUCCUCCGGUCGGGGCCGGUCCACGUUCAAUGAAUCAGCGUAGGGCUGUGGACGUGCUUUCACCCGUGCCCGAGCACCUCGGGUUGGGUGAGAGCAACGGUCUCGCCACAGACAAGAAGCGUCGUCGCCCAACCAAUGAAGACGACAACGACAGAAACGACGGGGAGCCAACCACCCCCGCUGCGAAUAAGCGGCGCAACCUUGGCAUUCCCGGAAGUACUCCCUUCUCUCACGCCAGUCCGUUGCCUCGCCGUGUCACCGCCAACAUCACCCCAUUCUCGGAGAGACUUCGCCGCCGCAACGCCGAGUCGCAUGGCCGCAUUUACAGGACCAGCCUUCGCAUCUCGCAAUACCUUGCCCAGGAGGACGCUGACCGUCUCGCUUCUGAAAAAACCCCAGUUCCAGGAGAAGAUAUCUCGAUUACUGAACCUUUCCCAAGCUUUGAGGAUAACGAACUGCUCCAGGAAGGAGAGGCACAGGAACCGGAAACGGAAUCGGAACCGACACAGCAACCUAGCACUCCGGACCGGCCUGCGAGUAGCUGGAGAAUCCGCGGGCUACUGAAUUCUGUCCCUCGCAGACUUUCUCGUCUCAUUCCUACUUUUGGACGAACUCCCGAAAGAAAUGAGAUUCAAGUGACGGCAGAACCAACAACCGAACCGCUCAACCGUACACAGCCUAGAGCCAUCGUUCCUUCGAAUAGAACAGUGUCUCCUACUCCCAAGACCAAGGGACCGACCCAACAGCCGCAGCGUGAUCUCUCCUUUUCCCUGUUCCCUGCUACUAUUGACAGGUCUCGCUACCUUGAUGAUAAACCUAAAGCCACCCCCAAGUCUGUCCAACAGACCACUGCCGAGGCUCCAUCCAAAGCUCCCGAGUCUUCGGCCGAUACAGCGAACCCCAAGGAUUCUGUUGAAUCCACCGCCGAUGCCAGCAUAACUCGAGGCCGCAGCCCUGCCCAAGGGGAGUCUAGCAUCUCCACUCCAAGCCAGAAGAAGCGCAAGCGGGCCCCUUCCCCUGAUGUGAUCCCUAACCCGCCUGGAUGCAGCUAUGGAAUGUACGAGGACUACUUCGUUAUCUCUGACGAUGAAGAAGACGAGGAGCCUGCACCCCCACAGACCGAACCCAAGAAACAAGACGUGAAAGGAAAGUCCGCCAUUCGCAGUGUUCUCCGGUCCGAGCGUCCAGCUUCGAAGAAAGUUCGAUUCGAUGCGAGUCCCCAGGAUACCCCAUCCAAGCUUAGAAUGAAGCCCCGUGCUACCGAUCCGUAUACUGGACAGCAUUUCAUCGGCAUGGAUCUGACUGGCGAAUCGAGUAACUCAUCCUCACCUCUGCCUCCGACCCACGCUUCACAGGCCGAACAGUCCACUGUUUACCCGGAUCCGCGCAGUCGCCCAAGCUUCGUUCCCAAUCGUGAAGGUACUUUUGAAACCCCCUAUUCCGAUACUUCUUCCGAUGUCUCGGAAGAAGAUACCCCAGCUCCUGGCUUUGUUCCCAAUCGGGAUGGUACUUUCGAGACUCCUUAUUCUGACACCUCCUCGGAAGCUUCGGACGACGAGGCUACACCAGGUUUCGUUCCCAACCGCGCCGGUACAUUCGAAACUCCCUAUUCGGACCCCCCGUCGGAACCCAGUGCUUCUACCCCUGAAUCUGUUCCCGAUUCACAGACCAUUUCGCCAAUCGAAGCUCCUUCGCAGCAUCACAUUACCGAGAGCACAUCAUCCGAAGAGACUCGCGCAACUCCGCAGCAGGCGCUUGUCCCUCCUACUACCCCAGCCAAGGUUGAAGAUGAUGCUCUUGCUCGAGUCCGCUCGCAAGCAGAGAAAUACAAACCGAAGACGCCCAGUGGACUCCGCACUGCAAGCCGCUAUUCGAGCCCUUUGACUCUUGCUACUACUCCUGACACAGUCUCCGUACCUAUUGCUACUCCCAGCACAGUCCCCGUACCUGCCGCUAGUCCCGAGCGUGCAUCCAGCCCCGAGGACUUUGGUGACGACCAAUUUGCUCGCGAUGCCCAGUGGCUCUAUGAGAAUUGCCCAACUGGAGACCUCUCCGAGCUUGUCUGGCCGGAAGCCGAGAAUUAUGAAGAUAUGGGCUUCAGUGCCGAGGCAGUUCGCAUCGCCAACGAAAUGUGGGAUUCUUCAGUGGUCGACCACGCUUACGAUAAUAUCUGGACGCCCGGCUUGGAAGCGUUCAGGCGCGAAAUGGAGACUGGCUUUUCGCACGCCGCACUCGCAUAA